CCUCGGGCACACCGCCCUCCCGGACUACAACUCCCAUCAGCCCCUACGGCCUCCGCCAUGCCGCCCUCCCGGUUUACCGUUCCCAUCCGUCCCGCCACCUCGGGCACACCGCCCUCCCGGCCUACAGCUCCCAUCAGCCCCUGCGGCCCUCCCUGCCUACAGCUCCCGUCAUCCCCUGCGGCCUCGGGCACGAUGCCGCUCCCGGCCUCAGCUCCCGGUGCGGCGGGGCCGGGACGGGCGCACGGAGGGCGGUCAGCGCCCUGCCGGCCCCCACACCGGGGCUCCGGGAAAUGGUGUUCCCAGGGAACGGUGCUGCCCCCGCUUCGGGGCGAGGCGGGGUUGUGGAGAGCCGGAGAGCAGCAGCGGGACGGGGCUGCGCUGGCCGCGGCUGAGGCGUCCAAAUUCACGGGCCAGGAGAGGUUUGGGAAGGAGAAAGGCUUUGAGCCCCUGCAAUCACAGCGGGUUUAUCUCAGCCCUUCAGAAAAUCAACAGGAGCGGAGCUGCUCCAGAGCUGUAUGCUCAGCCUCAUUCUGUGCAAACCCUUUUUCCUACAGGUACCCCAAAGACAGGUGGUGGCUGAAUUCAGAGCAACUGGCCCAGGGCAGCCCCCAGCAAAGUAAGAGAAAUGUAAACUUUGUGGCUUUCUCCAGGUUCCUUUUUUUUUUUUCCCCUUUUUUCCCUGACAGAACUCCCACCCCCACAGAAUCCUGCAUGGAGUUGGGCUGGAGAAUUGUAUGGGAAAGGUGUGUCUGCAGUGACAAAAUUGUCACUGGGAAAGUGGGGAAAUGGUGUGGUCUGCUGGUGCUUGGGGAGGCAUUAGGGCAGGGUGGUUUUGUAGGACAACCUGACCAGCUGUGGGUGACACACAGGGAGAAAGGCCUGAACCAUUACCAGAUUUUGGUGUUAAUGGCAAUGAAAGGAGCAGUUCACACCUCAUACACAAAUUUUAGGUUGUCUGCAAAUUGUGGAAGGCGGUGUUUUGCCAAUUGAUUGACUCGCCUAUUCGGAGUAAUCAUUCUGAAAUAAGCUGAGGAUUUAAAAUAGCAUAGCUAUUCCAGAAUAAGUCUCUAUUCAAGACAGAAAAUUUGUUCUAGCUGCCACAGAACAGGUGAUUCUGCUGCAGACAAAACUGAGCUACAUCUUCCCAAUGAGCAAGAUUCUGACACAGCUCGGUUUUGUGCCUUUGUCACAGCAGGUAUCUAUCUCCCUUAGCCAUUAAGAACAAAGAAUAUCUCACUUUGAAGCCUUUACCUAGGCAAAUCUCCAAGAAAGACGUUUGAAUAUGAUCAAGGUUUCCCAGCAUCCUCAGAAGGGCAGGUAUGCAAACAUCCAAAAACUAAAUUCAAGAUAGGGCUUGAGAAAAGUUAUGGAGAAAUAGGGAUUUAAAAGACUAUUAGAGAAGCCAAACC